AUGAAGUGUGAUGACUGUAAUGGGCUCUUUGCUCCUUUUUGUGGGGCUAAGUCCUACUCAUUCUUCAAGUUCAAAAGUGACCGGCUCCUCAUCAAAGGUGGACGGAUCAUCAAUGAUGACCAGUCCUUCUAUGCCGACGUCUACCUGGAAGACGGGCUUAUAAAACAAAUAGGAGAGAACUUAAUCGUUCCUGGUGGAGUGAAGACCAUCGAGGCCAACGGGCGGAUGGUGAUUCCCGGGGGCAUCGACGUCAACACGUACCUGCAGAAGCCGUCCCAGGGGAUGACCGCCGCAGAUGACUUCUUCCAAGGGACCAGGGCAGCACUGGCGGGCGGGACCACGAUGAUCAUUGACCAUGUGGUCCCUGAACCUGGGUCCAGCCUGCUGACCGCCUUCGAGAAGUGGCAUGAAGCAGCUGACACCAAAUCCUGCUGCGACUACUCCCUCCACGUGGACAUCACAGGCUGGUCCGAUGGCGUUCGGGAGGAGCUGGAGGUGCUGGUGCAGGACAAAGGCGUCAAUUCCUUCCAGGUCUACAUGGCCUACAAGGACCGCUACCAGAUGUCCGACAGCCAGCUCUAUGAAGCCUUCAGCUUCCUCAAGGGGCUGGGAGCUGUGAGCCUGGUCCACGCGGAGAACGGAGACUUGAUAGCUCAGGAACAGAAGCGGAUCUUGGAGAUGGGCAUCACCGGGCCCGAGGGCCACGUGCUGAGCAGGCCCGAGGAGCUGGAGGCCGAGGCCGUGUUCCGGGCCAUCACCAUCGCCGGCCGGAUCAACUGCCCCGUGUACAUCACCAAGGUGAUGAGCAAGAGUGCGGCCGACAUCAUCGCCCUGGCCAGGAAGAGAGGUGCGCCUGUGCCGGCCUCCGCGGCGGCUCUGACCAAGGCAGGGGGUGGCCGGCGGGUUCAAGCCCCACCCGCUUUCGUUCCUCCCAGCGGGGACCUGCAGGUCACGGGCAGCGGCCACUGUCCCUACAGCACCGCCCAGAAGGCGGUGGGCAAGGACAACUUCACCCUCAUCCCCGAGGGCGUCAACGGCAUCGAGGAGCGGAUGACCGUCGUCUGGGACAAGGCGGUGGCCACAGGCAAAAUGGACGAGAACCAGUUUGUGGCGGUCACCAGCACCAACGCGGCCAAGAUCUUCAACCUGUACCCCCGGAAAGGGCGGAUCGCCGUGGGCUCGGACGCCGACGUGGUCAUCUGGGACCCCGACAGGGUGAAAACCAUCACGGCCAAGAGCCACAAGUCGGCCGUGGAGUACAACAUCUUCGAGGGCAUGGAGUGCCACGGCUCCCCGCUGGUGGUCAUCAGCCAGGGCAAGAUCGUCUUCGAGGACGGCACCAUCAGCGUCAGCAAGGGCAUGGGCCGCUUCAUCCCCCGGAAGCCUUUCCCAGAGCACCUCUACCAGCGCGUCAGGAUCAGGAGCAAGGUCUCUGGAUUGCAAGGGGUCCCCAGGGGCAUGUACGACGGUCCCGUGUACGAGGUGCCAGCCACGCCCAAAUAUGCAACUCCCGCUCCUUCUGCCAAAUCCUCGCCUUCCAAACACCAGCCUCCGCCCUUCAGGAACCUGCACCAGUCCAACUUCAGCCUGUCCGGUGCCCAGACAGAUGACAACAACCCCAGGCGCACGGGCCACCGCAUCGUGGCGCCCCCUGGUGGCCGCUGCAACAUCACCAGCCUCGGUUGACCACAGAGGAGCGGAUGCGCUGGAGUGGAGGAUUCUGGGAAAAUCAUGUCCAUUCCUUGCCCCGUCGGUGUGUUCCAAGCCCAGUGUUUCAUUUGGUCCUGACGGGGGACACAUCGGAUGAUGCUCUUUCCUUUUGCUGACGUUUAGGAAGACGUGGUACUAGUGUGGUCUGUUUGCUUGGAAAUCCCUCGCCCCGCAGGUGUGUGUCCAGCCGUCUGUACCGCCCCUCCCACCUCUGUCCCGGCUCACGGUCCCCGAGUGGUUCCCUUGCACCCUCGUAGCUGUUCUAGGGUAGUUGAUGCAUGUUGCUAAGUUACGUAUGCAAGUCUGUGCGAGCGUCUAACGGCACACGAGGACCAACCGGACACAAGGCCCGGCCUCGGGCCCUCAGGGUCCCAAACUCCACGCGAAGGUGUUUACUCAUCGCCCCCACCUCAGUGGGCACAAGAGGAGCCCACGCCCCCUGACCCCCGGGACCUGUGAGCUCUCGGAAGGCGGGGAGCUUUGAGCAACGUCUGCCAUUCACGUCCCGUGUCCCGGCCUCCGUGGCGCGUGCCCCUGGCCCUGACGCCUUUCGGUCCGCGUGUCUGUCCUCCCAGCCAGCUCUGGGCGUCGGGCCGCGCCGGACUCACCCUUAGAACGGGGUCCCUCGUCUCCAUGCAGGGCCGACAACCGUGGGGGAUGCUGCUUCCGGCUGCCCGUGUCCUUGUCCCUCUGAGGAGGCUGAUGGGGCAGCCAGAUUUUUAACGUUUUGUACAGAGUUUUCCUUUGUAAUCACCCCCAUUUUUACUUAAUAACCGACUUAUCGUGGCUCUUAUUUCUGAAUUCAAAGCUUGUGGAAAAUAAAAGGAACGGCCCUGGCCUGCCUGGGGUGUCGUCA